AUGGCGUCGGCCAUGCUGGCGCUUGUCGUCCCACCGUAGCCGGCAGCCCAGGGACUCCUCCAGAACUGUUGGGAACUACUAUAGUGGAAACUUCAGCAGAGCGGACCAGGUUUUCCCAGUCCUCCGUGGGGACCAGCAUUAGCAGUCCAAGGUCCAGCUAUAUUUACAGAACCAGCAAAUGAUACCAAUGGAAGUAAGGAGAUUUUCAGCCUUUCCGAUAGUAUCUUUUGGAUGGCAGCUCCUAAGAACAGACGCAGCAUUGAAGUUAACCCCUGUAGGGGAAUAAACCCUCAGAAGCGUAUUAAAGUUAAGAACGAUAUUGACGCUUGUCCUGAAUGUGGUCACCUGAAACUGAAACACGUCCUUUGUGGCUAUUGCUAUGAGAAGGUGUGCAAGGAGACUGCAGAAAUCAGAAGACAGAUAGGGCAACAAGAAGGGGGCCCUUUUAAGGUUCCUUCCGUGGAGACUGUGGUGCUGUACACAGGAGAGGCAGCGUCUCAUCAAGAUCGCGGUAAAAGAAUCAUUGAACGAGACAGGAAGCAACCAUCCUGGUUCACCCAGAAUUAAGACCAAAGGUGUUUGAAGAGGAUAACUUCAUAUAAAACAUUUGUCCUGAAAGAGA